AUGGAAGAUGAUGGUGGUGGCAGUGGAGGUGAAGGAAAUGGUGGAUUUUCUCCUAAUUCUAGCUUUGGGGCAUUCCCUGAUACGGCCAUGGAUUUGGACUUCAUGGAUGAGCUCUUGUUUGAUGGAUGUUGGAUAGAGACAACAGAUAGUAAGAGCUUGAAACAGACAGAAGAGUCUGCUACAGCUUCUACCCCCAUGAAUGACAAUAGCCCUUUCCUCUGCUUUGGCGAGAGUCCAUCUCAAGACCAUUUCUCUAAUGAAGAAACAGAGAGGAGUUAUCUCAAGAACAACAAACCGAUGAAUCAAGAACCUUUUAACCAGGAUGGAGCAAGUCUUGAGGAAGCAGAAAAGCUUUGGUGGAUUGCCCCAAGAGCAAGUGAAGGUCCUUCUUCAUCUGUGAAGGAGAGACUAUUACAAGCUAUAAGCGGUCUUGACGAGGCGGUGGAGGAUAAGGACUUCCUGGUACAGAUAUGGGUGCCAUUUCAGCAGGAAGGGAAAAACUUUCUUACCACUUGGGCGCAGCCACAUUUGUUCAACCAAAAGUACUCAAGCCUUGCAAAAUACAGACAUGUCUCAGAGACUUACAAUUUCCCGGCUGAUGAAGGUUCGAAAGAUGUAGGUCUUCCAGGUCGUGUCUUCUUGCAGAAACUGCCUGAGUGGACUCCUGAUGUGCGUUUCUUUAGAAGCGAAGAAUAUCCACGCAUCAAAGAAGCACAAAAGUGUGAUGUUCGUGGCUCGCUUGCCCUUCCUGUGUUUGAAAGAGGUAGUGGGAUUUGUUUGGGUGUUGUUGAGAUCGUCACAACAAAUCAGAAGAUGAUUUAUGGGCCAGAGCUUGAGAAUAUCUGCAAAGCUCUUGAGGCUGUUGAUCUAAGGAGUUCAAGUAACUUGAACCCUCCAAGCGUUGAGUCUCUGCAGGUAUAUAGUGAUUUCUACAAUGCUGCAUUACCUGAGAUAUCAGAUUUCUUGGCCUCAGUCUGCAGAUUAUAUGAUUUGCCUCUAGCUUUGUCAUGGGCUCCGUGUGCUCGUCAUGGGAAAGGUGGAUCCCGACAUUCAGAUGAGAACUUCUCUCAGUGCGUUUCGACAAUGAAUUCUGCUUGCUUUGUCCUCGAUGAAGAGAGCAAGAACUUUCUCGAGGCAUGCUCUGAACAUCAUCUGCUCCAAGGGGAAGGCAUUGUUGGGAAAGCAUUCAAAGCAACCAAACUGUUUUUUGUACCUGAAGUGACCUCAUUUAGCAAGACCAACUACCCUCUUGCGCACCAUGCCAAGAUAUCUGGACUACAUGCUGCUCUAGCGGUCCCGUUAAAGAGCAAAUCCAAUGCUUCUGUCGAGUUUGUGUUGGAAUUCUUCUUUCCAAAAGCGUGCCUAGACACUGAAGCGAAACAGGAAAUGCUCAAGUCGCUGUCUGCGACUCUGCAGCAGGAUUUCAGGAGUUUAAAUCUGGUCAUUGACAAAGAUCUAGAGUUAGAAGUUGUAUUGCCUGUUAGAGAGGACAUGGUUAUCUCAGAGAACCCUUUAACCUGUGCAGAGACCGCAGAAAUUCAUCUGCAAGAAUCGUCAUGGAUCUCCCACAUGAUAAAUGCAAACGAGAAGGGCAAAGGUGUGUCACUUUCUUGGGAGUACCAGAAAGAAGAUCCAAAAGAUGAAUUCAAGGUCCCAUAUACAAAUCAGCUUGAUCCAAGCCCCAACAACUUUCCUUUAGAAGCUGAGAUUCAGCAGGCUUCAAGUUCAGGACUCAGAGUUGCUACUGGUCCAAGAACCGAAGCAGCUUCCACUGGUGGUGGAAAUAUGUUAGGGAGUAGAAGACCAGGGGAAAAGAGAAGAACAAAACAUGAAAAGACCAUUGGCUUGGAGGUUCUUCGACAAUACUUUUCUGGAAGCCUCAAAGAUGCAGCCAAGAGCAUUGGUGUUUGUCCAACUACCUUGAAAAGGAUAUGCAGGCAACACGGAAUAACAAGAUGGCCCUCCCGGAAAAUCAAGAAGGUUGGGCAUUCGUUGAAGAAGCUCCAACUUGUUAUGGACUCUGUUCAAGGUGCACAGGGCUCUAUCCCACUCGAUUCAUUCUAUACAAGCUUCCCAGAGUUGAGCUCCCCGAAUAUGUCCAGCACUGGCCAGUCACAGCAUCUGAACGUUCCAACAGAAAACGGUGUUUUGGCAGAGGAAAAAACAUCACCAAGGUCACCAUCAUCUUCUUGCAGCAAGAGCUCUGGUUCAAGCACCAAUGCGAAAACUGCAAACACUCUGAAAACUCCUGAGGAUGCUGGCGCGGUCUUGAAGAAAGCUCAUAGCGAGGCGGAACUGCAUAUCAACCAGGAGGAAACAAAAUGUCUUGCAAGAACCCAGAGCCAGAAAAUAUCCAAGGAGCCUCCACUUGUUGAAAAUUUACCUCCAUUACCAGCUAGUAGCAACAAGAGCUUAAGAGCUGGAGGGGCCAUUAAAGUGAAAGCGACGCUUGGUGAGGCCAUAGUACGGUUUACCUUGCUCCCGAGCUGGGGUUACAGAGAGCUGCAGCAAGAGAUUGCUAGACGCUUCAACAUAGAUGACAUUUCCUGGUUUGAUCUCAAGUACUUGGAUGAUGAUAAGGAGUGGGUUCUUCUGACAUGUGAAGCGGAUCUGGAGGAAUGCAUUGACAUACAUAGAUCAUCACAGAGCCAAACAAUUAAAAUAAGUCUUCACGAACCUUAUCAAGUCAAGCUGGGAGGUUCUUUUGGUAGCACUGGUCCAUCCUAA